CUGUGGCUUUACUUCUUAUUCACCUGUGGCUUUACUUCUUAUUCACCUGUGGCUUUACUUCUUAUUUCCCCGCACAACUUCUUCUAUUCCACGUGCGCGUGGAAACUGCGAGUUAUUCUCCCGACGGUGGAACAAGCGGCGACACAAAUCCACUUCAACGUAGGGGGAGGUGGUCGUCACGCGUGGGGGUGGAGGGGGGCAGGAAGAGGGAGGGAGGGGGUGUCUCUCAUGCACGCGCACACGCGCACGCGCCCCCCCCCACCGGUGUCCUCAUCCCGCCGCGAUCCACGAUCACUCAGAGCCUCAGCAUCCCGGAGGAGGAACACGUGCAAAGUGUCUCGCCGCUCGUGGAUCAACUUUUCAAGUUGUUGCGUGGACUUUCUUCGUCACGGAGGCCAAUGGACCUCCACCGGGCCUUCAAGAUGGAGAACUCCUCCUACAUGCCCGCCCCCCUGGCAUCCCCCGCCCUCAUGGUCCUGGCCUCCACUGCCGAGGCGGGCCGGGACGCUUCCAUCCCCUGCCAGGCGCCCAGAACCUUUGGGGUUCCGGCGUUGGCGGAGAAGGAUCUGCACCUGCCCUUCCCCUCGGCCUCCUACACCUUCGCCUCCAUGUACCAGCGCCAGGGUCCCGGGUCGGGCGCCUUCGCCGGCCGAGACUUCCCUGCCUCCCUGCUCCACCUGCACCCCCAGUUCGCCCCCCCGAACCUGGACUGCUCCACCUUGGGGAUGCUCAACCACAGCGGGGCGGCCGGCGCCUUCAGACCCUUCUCGGCGGCGCACGAGGACAGGGAGUCCGUGGGCUACCACUCGGCGUUCUCGCCCACCAAGAGGCUGAAGGGUUGCUUCUCGGAGGCGGAGGGGAAGGACUUUGACUUCGGCUCACCCGGCAGAGGCUCGCUUAAAGCCGGAGAAGACCCGGGGAGGAAGUUGUUCUCCGUGUCCGGCCUGCUGUCUGACGGCGAGGCCUCGUCCAGCCCGGAGGAGCGGAAGGAGCGCCGUGAGUACUCCGUCUUUCUUCUUGGCCAAAGCAAGUCUUGGGACACUUUUCAGGUCUUUCUGCUGGUCUGCGCCUCAGAAAUUGGCUUCCCAACACAAUUCCUAUGCACCUGGUCUGCCAGAGAGUAAAAAGACCCAGCAGGGGAGAUUAGUGUUGCCAACUUAGCCACCUUGUUGCUCUAUUUAGUAGAAUUCUGACCCUCGAGAUCAAAGGAGUCAAACUCCUUGUUGUUGAGGGCCACGUCCCAAUUAUAUAUAUAUAUUCAUUCCAACGUCUCACUCUUCCAUGGUGGUGGCUUUUAGAAGUAAUAGUUCA